AUGGAAACAUCUGUGAUACUGUUGAUCAUCCUGGGAGCCAUCUCAGCAUAUUCAGACAGGAUCACCCUCUUCAGAUCUACUGGAUCUCUAGAGCUCAGGAAUCUGACCCUUAGUGACCGUGGAGAAUACACCAUCACCAUUAUACCAGAUGGUGCAGCACAGCAGAGAGGAAACUGCAGACUGGACAUACAAGCACCGAUCUCUAAUGUGGUGGUAACUCUCAGCAGCACAGACUUGGUGGAGUCCAGCAGCUCUGUCCGUCUGUCCUGCUCCUCCUCUGGAUCCUCUCUCUCUUUCCUCUGGCUGAACGGCAGCUCUGAGGUUACAGCCAGUGACAGAGUUCAGCUCACUGAUGGAGGCUCCACUCUCACUAUAGUUAACGUGACCCGCUAUGACCAGGGACCAUUCAGGUGUCGUGUGUUUAAUCCUGUCAGUAAUGGCACCAGUGAUCCAGUAACCAUCUCCAUCAGCUACGGCCCAGAAAAUAUUAAUUUGACACUAUCUCCAUCACAAGAAUACGUUGAGGAAGGGUCAGACAUCACCCUGUCAUGCUCAGCUGUCUCCAAACCUUCUGCCUUAAUUCAGUGGUUUCUGAAUGGAGACCUGCUGUCUGAUACUGGACCAGAGCUCAGAAUGAUGAACAUUCAGAUGAGUCAGAGUGGGAACUACAGCUGUCAGGCCUUUAACGACAAAACUCUGAGAUCUCAAACAUCUCAGCCUUCAGCUGUUACUGUACUGGCACCAGUAUCUAAUGUAAUGGUAAAUUCCAGCACCACAGACAUUUUAGAGUCCAGCAGCAGCUCUGUCCGUCUGUCCUGCUCCUCCUCUGGAUCCUCUCUCUCUUUCCUCUGGCUGAACAGCAGCUCUGAGGUUACAGCCAGUGACAGAGUUCAGCUCACUGAUGGAGGCUCCACUCUCACUAUAGUUAACGUGACUCGCUACGACCAGGGACCAUUCAGGUGUCACGUGUUCAAUCAUUUCAGUAACUGCACCAGUGAUCCAGUAAACCUCCUCAUCAUUUUCGGCCCAGAAAAUAUCAACUUGACACUAUCUCCGUCACAAGAAUAUUAUGACGAAGGGUCAGACAUCAUCCUAAAGUGCUCAGCUGUCUCCAGACCUGCUGCCCAGUUUCAGUGGUUCCUGAAUGGAGACCUGCUGUCUGAUACUGGACCAGACCUCAGAAUGAUGAACAUUCAGAUGAGUCAGAGUGGGAACUACAGCUGUCAGGCCUUUAACAAUAAAACUAUGAAGAAUCAAACAUCACAGACUGCAGCUAUCGCUGUUGUAAAAUCACAAGUCUCCAAUGUUGUAAUAACUCCCAACACCACAGACUUGGUGGAGUUCAACAGCUCUGUCUGUCUGUCCUGCUCCUCCUCUGGAUCCUCUCUCUCUUUCCUCUGGCUGAACAGCAGCUCUGAGGUUACAGCCAGUGACAGAGUUCAGCUCACUGAUAAAGGCUCCACUCUCACUAUAGUUAACGUGACACGCUACGACCACCGACCAUUCAUUUGUCAUGUGUUCAAUAAUUUCAGUAAUUACACCAGCGAUCCAGUUAAACUCUACAUCAGCUUUGGGCCAGAAAAAACUAAUUUAAAGCGGUCGCCAUCACAAGAAUACUUUAAGGAAGGGUCAAACAUUGACCUGAUGUGCUCAGCUGUCUCCAGACCUGCUGCCCAGUUUCACUGGUUUCUGAAUGGAGACCUGCUGUCUGAUACUGGACCAGAGCUCAGACUGAUGAACAUUCAGAUGAGUCAGAGUGGGAACUACAGCUGUCAGGCCUUUAACAGCAAAACUCUGAGAUACGAUACAUCUCAGCCUGCAGCUGUCUUUGUACUAACACCAGUCUCCAAUGUGGUGGUGACUUCCAACAACACCCACUUAGUUGAGUUCAACAGCUCUGUCCGUCUGUCCUGCUCCUCCUCUGGAUCCUCUCUCUCUUUCCUCUGGCUGAACAGCAGCUCUGAGGUUACAGCCAGUGACAGAGUUCAGCUCACUGAUGGAGGCUCCACUCUCACUAUAGUUAAUGUGACCCGCUACGACCAGGGACCAUUCAGGUGCAACGUGUUGAAUGGUGCCAGUAGUGGAAUCAGCCAGCCGGUGAAUCUUUUCAUCCAACAUGGACCUGAUAAUGUGGCCAUCAAAGGACCUGAAUCAGUACGUGUUGGAGAUUUUACAAUGCUUUACUGCUCCACUACGUCUGUACCAUCAUCAACUUUCACCUGGCUUUAUAAUGGAAAGCCAACCAGUUUGCAUGAGGCUGUGUACAUCAUAAAAUCCAUUAAAAGCUUGGACAGUGGGACGUACACCUGCUCUGCUAUUAAUGCUGCUACAGGGCUGAGUCAAACAGUGAGCCACAAGUUAACUGUUGUAGAUUUCUCAGACUGCUCACUUGCUGCUGGAAGAGCUUCUGUCGUAACAGCUGGAUGUCUUAUUAUUAUUGCAACAGUGUGUGGAACAAUUGUGUAUGGUAUAAGGAGAAAAAGAGUCAAUAACAAUUAUGCAGCACAUCGGAAAGAAAAAAUUAGUGUGAAAGAGAACCGAUCAGACGUGUAUAAGAUUUCAGUAACAGCAAAGAACAAUUUGUCUUCCUUUGAAGCAUAAAAAAUGAGGAAACACAAACACACAAGAAGCCUUCCACAAUUUCCGAGACCAACAGCCUCAAAGAAAAACAGCAGUUUUUUUGUUGUUUAUUUUCAUUUAUUCAACCCAACUAUUUUCUGCUUCCUUCAGAUUACAGUUCAUUGUGCUGAGUUUGAUGUUAGAUGCAUAGCUGCAUUGCAACAUUUGUGAAACCUGGUUUUACUAAAAUGACUGAAGGUUUUGCAAGAAUUUGC